GAAUUUUGGUCGACUUGGAAGCGAAGAAAAAAGAAAGACGAAGGUAGUGAAAAAAUGGAUGUGAGACAAAAAAUGGUCAGCAGCAAGAGGAAUAGUUAGAUUUAAAUAAGAUUGAAGAAAAAGGCAAAGGCUGACACGGUUUUUCUGAUACACGAAGGCGUACAUGCAUGCGGGGAGACACAUCAACAAAGGACUCGACAACCAGCGGCACAACCGAAACUGAAUUGAGUAGAUGAGCAAUACAACUUGAACGGAGUGAAUCAAACAUUGCAGCAGUUAUCUUACAAAAAAAAAGAAUUCUUUGAGCAACUUGCGUGUGAUGUUGUUGUUGCAUUAAAAUGGCGGAAGUAUGAGAGAUCGAGAUCGAAGUAGUAAAAAAGAAAAAAACACAACAUAACCCGAUCGAUAGCAGGUGUCCAAUGUGAAGCAAAAAAAAAAGCGGAACGAACGUUUAUCGAGCAGCGUCGCGAAUGGUGCUGCGAUUACGCUGAUAAGAGAUCAGCCAAACGUGUGGUUUUUCUUUUGUAUACGCCGUCCUAACCAGUGGAUUGAUCGGUGCCGGUGCAGAUUACGGCAGGCUUCCUCUUGCGAUCCGAUCGGACGCGAAUGCAGUCCUGCGGAGGAAGCAAACAGAACCACAAGCAAUCCCAAACACCGAAAACGGCACUUACUUCAACGGGAAAGCAAGAAGAUACAUUAUUCUAACGGCGGCGUCGGUGUGUCUGUCGAGUGACUAAGGCGCUGGCCGCGUAAACGAACGGUGGCGGCUGUUUUUUUUUUGUACAAGGUGCUUUGCUGAAGCAGCUGCGCGGCAAAACGGAAAAGUUACUCAAUCUGUAGCGGACGGCUGCACGCUCAUUUUUCGUCGUGAGAAAAUAAAACCACACACAACAAACACACGUCAUUCACCAGUGUAAAGUAGAUACAACAAAAAAUCAACUCGACGUUAGCUGGCGCAGCUCCUUCUAACAACAGACAUAAACGAACGGCAGCGGAACCGAAGGUGAUAAGCUAUAAAAAAAGAAGAAAAAAAAAACAGAGAAUAAAUACGGAUCAAUCCGGUCACCAGCAAACGAGUAAAAAACAAGCAUACAUCAAUUAAUAAACAACAACUGCCACCCACAAACAAACGGACUAGGUGGGGACUAGGUGAACAAAUUUGGAUCGCUACGCGAGUGAGUUUUGCCUCAAGAACGAGCGAAAAGAGAUGCAAAACAGUGGUACAUAGAACAGAUGAUUGCCGGUUUAUAUUUAGCCGUUCCUGGUUACUAAAAUUAACCUCAAAGGGCUGUCGGGAGCUGUCCAAACGGGGACGACGAAGCGUUAGAACAUAAAAUCGCAACGUCUGGUUUUAUUGCAAUAAACAAAAGAAGUACAACCGAACUUUGGAAACCCGACCCGAAACCUGUACGAGCGGUGAGGAAAAGCUGUUGGGAAAAUGAAUAUAGAUUCAACAAGCAAGACACCAGAACAGGAAGAGCAGAACCAGCAGCAGCUAUCGACGGUGACGGAAUCGACUACGGCGGUGCUGGCGUUACUAAUUUCUCCUUCUUCACCGUCGUCGACGUCCACGGUUUCACCGACGGCAUCAUCGAUUUCGAAAAACAGCAGCACCGACGAAGUCGACGAAACCACGGCAGAAGCGGAACCGCAUUCCGAAAAGAGCAUCACAGCAGCACCCGCACAUAGCGAUCAUGAGGAGGAACCACUACUAAGAGCAUCCCCGCAGGAGAUCGUACAACGACGCGAUGAAGGCCAUUACCAUCAUGCUAACAGCUCUGUGCGGCAGCACGAAUGCUAUCAACGAUCGUCACCCGAAGCGCCUGGUGCGGAGACUUUGCUAUCCGCAUGCGAUCCAUCGAGCGGGACGAUGACAGUAACUACGUCGACAGGUGAUUCGUUGGAAACGUCGGAAACGUCGGAAACGACUACACUGCGGGCCCAGUGCGAAAACGUGACCACCGAAAUACGGACUAUCGAUUUAGACACCCCAGAAAGUCCUGCCGCUCCUGCCACCCACAGCCGGUCAGAAGGGGUGCAUCAGGUGGCGCAGGACGACUCGUCGCUGGGGACGGCGACGAGGCACGACACGACCACGGAAGCCUUAUCACCACAAACACCCACGCACCCGUUGUCAUCGAGCACGAGUUCAUCCGUUUCCUCAACGCCUUCGGCCGGGGAAGACCAGCGGCUGCCGGUUGUGCCCGAGGAGGAACCGCACGAGGAAUACGAUACAGCGCGAGCCGUGGCUGCCAACAAUAAUAUUCCGCUCGAGGAUGAUCUUCUCGCACGGCGGCCGGUCAGCAGUAGCGGGUGCAUCAACGACCGCUUCAACAACAACAGCAAGCGCAGUGACAGUGACACUCAACUCGCAGGUGACAGUACGCAGGCGAAGGUUAGCAACAGCAGCAGUGACAAUGAUGCGACCGCGGACUGUACCAUCGUCGACCAUGUCUUGGAGGAAGGCGUCCCAACGUCUGCCGCAGCACUCGCAACCGAAAUAGCACUGGGACAAGGCGAAGGAAGUGAUGCCGCCACCGCCAUAAUGACCCCCAGUGAUGAGCCGACAGCGGCGCAACUGCGCACCACCACCACCGACCAGGCCGAUGUUGUAACGCAAGAAGACAAACCCACCAGUGAGUCCGCAACAGCAGCAGCAGCAGCAGCACCGAUAGAGAUAGUACAAACGUUACCGAUCGAAACGACGGACUACACCACUACAGCGAAGCGGCAGUGCGACAUAAUUAUCACCGGUGCAGCGUCGACCGAGUCGACCGUGACUGUCGAAGAUGACGAUACGGAAGGUGCGACCGUGGCGGCUCGGCGUGCGGAAGACGAACCCACCAAUGCCAGCGGCCCGGCGGACGGUGUCGUAGGAUCGUCGCCAUCUUUCUCGCUGACCUCGGUAUCCUCCUCAUCCACGGCUACGUUUACCUCGCGGACAUCUUCCUCCUCGUCGUCCUCGGCGGAGGCGUCGCCAGAAGCGUUGGCUGAAGCUCAACCAAAGCGACCGAGCGCAGCGGACGUCGCCAACCAACCACCAGUAGACAAUCGACAAUUUUGUGAUAGCUCGUCCAAAGGACACUCCCUUGACAGCGAAGGGCCUACCGAUGUACUGCAAGCGCAAGCGUUACCGCGAUGUUCCGCCAUGCUUGGGCCCGCAGGUGCACCGACGACCUGCACCGGCGAGGACGAAUGCAGUGGCGCUGUUGGUAGUUUUGCGCGUGUUCCGCCAAACGCACGUCCGCUUACGCUAGCCGAGGAACUGUCGCAAGCAGCCGCAGCUUCUUUGUUACCAUCGUCGUACGUGGCUAGUACAACAUCCUUAGCAGUAGAGACACCACCGCCGGCAGUCGCAGAUGUCCUACCAAAGAGUGCUGCCGGUACAGCAGCAGCGGUAGCCAGCGUUCGCCAUCGUAGUACGUCGCCUGUUUUGCAUAGUAGCUUGAAGAAACCGAAUAGAAUGGGUGUUGCGACCGGUGCGGGAGCAGCCACAGCGACCACGGGCGGCGAACCUAGGCGACGAGUUUCGUUUCCUAAGGACGCCCAACUUAUUACUGGCUAUCUGGAUCCGGUUAAUCCUUGGGCAUCCAUUUCAAUAUGCGAAACACCGGAACUUCUGGAGCUGUACCGCAAUUCCUGCAAGCGACAUAACACUAGCCCUCUCAGUACCAUCCUAGACCAUCUGCAGUCGAUUGACGUCACGAAGGGACGUGUGUCGAUGCUCUCGUUAAAAGAUCAACAUUUGAGCUACAGCGGUUGCGAAGCAUUGGAGGAAAUUUUCAAGCACGUUCAGUAUCGAUGCAUUGACUUGUCGCACAGCGGUUUGGACGACGUUACCGCGAGCGUAAUGUUCGACAUCAUUGAGUACUACGAGGCAGCCAACGAGCUCGACAUAUCAGACAACCUGCAGAUGUCGAGCAAAAGCUGGACGGCUUGUAUAAACAUGAUCAAAAAGAGCCAGGCACUGAACGUGUUGAUCACUCGUGGGCCCACGAUAUCGGACUAUCAGGUAACGAACCUCGCAAAGGCCCUAAAUACCUCCGCUAUACACACGCUGAAGCUGGAACACUGCGUGCUGAGCAAGCAACCAAUCUCGUCGCUUUGCUCCAUGCUGAAGCGCAACACAGUAUUACGGGAGCUCUGGUUAGCCCACAAUGAGCUGAUCUGCGAGGACGCACAACAUAUAGCGAAUCUGUUGCGGACGAACUUUUACAUUCAGCUCAUCGACAUAUCUAACAACAAAAUUGGGGACAACGGUGUUGAGGACAUCGUAAGCGCGAUUGUAGAGCAAUCGGUCUACUUCAAGAACGUGCAAGAAAAGAAACGCAAAGGCAAACUGAACCUUACGGAUUUAUCGAGCAGUUUGCAUAAAAUCAACAGCGGAAAGAAUUACUCCUCUCAGCGAUUACGAUCGACCGAUUCACUGUCCACAGCUGCGGAGACCGAUCUGGAUUCGUCACCCUCGUCCUUCACUCUCACGCCCCCCAUUACGCCACCAUCUACUCCCGCGCUACCGUCGGUUGAGGCAUCCGCAGAAGAGAUGGAAAACACCAGCAACGGCAUAGGCAGCAAACAUGACGCAUCUUUCACAUCAAAUGCGACCGCAAUGUAUACGACGCAGCAGCCUGACAACGACGAAAUGAACCCACCACUUCAACCACCAUCAUCAUCGCCACUAACUCCGCCAACAUCCGACGCUGUUGUUCCACCGAACGCGAAUCUAGUGGAAAUGAGUACAAAAAAUAGUGUAAGUCUACAAACAAUUAGUGAUAGAGAGAAGCUCGAUGCGACGGUGUCACGUCCUGCGAUGGUGACGCCCGAGGAGGAAGCACUGAUGAUGUCCUCUAGCGGUAGGGCGGCAGCGACGGUGCUGGCGGAUGGUGAUGAUGAGAAGAAGAUGAGCACCUCGGCGGAAACAGUACAAACCGAUAACCAAAAAUCGACUGUUAAGCGUGACGAUGAAAGCUUGGCGUUUUUGAUGAGCCUUGAAUCUCACGCGGAUAGCCCAGUGCCGCAAGCACCCAAGAAGGCUCGGCUGGCGAAGCAGGACAGCGUGUUGAGUGAGUUUGAGGCGACGUUGCAAACAUCCGCAAACAUGGGUGGCGCCGCGUUGCAAAACGACCAAUCAAAACACCAAACGGGGGCUAGAAAUCUUUCCACGGUGCCCACAAUUGCUGAUGCGGCGGUUGCCAAGGACUCCGCACGACCAAUAACAAGUUUAAUGGAAGAAGAUGUGACUGAGGUGUGCGCCGAUUACGACGACGAUGGUAGCAAUUUGAGAAUUUCCGAGGAGAAUCUCUUCGUCGAUCUCGGGAUACCGGCGCUGUGUGAUGAUGAAGCGACGGAAAUGAAGAGCAGCAGUCCCGCCGAAUCGUCUGGUGACGUGUUCAUUUCACCCAUCCCACCCUUAAAGAAGGACGAGCUGCAGUUGCUGAUCGAAAAAUCGCAGCAAAAUCCCGUACCGCAUGAUGUAGUGUAUCCUAGCACCGAUUCGACGCCCCGAGAUAUCGCGAUGGAACCCCAACCGGUGGGAGGUGGUAGGGAAAGAAAAAGUGCCAUUAGCAGUGACGAGCGUCCGGAGCCGCCGCCACCCCCACAACAAGCACCAACGGUGAGAAAGGGAUCGAAAAAAUCUAGUGGCAGUGGUAGCUUCGUGCUGGGAAAGGAUGUACAGAUGGUGCAGGUUGAAAUCCGGGAUAACGUACCGCUUUCGCGCUCGUUCGAUUCCGUCGGUGGGGAUGAAUCGGACUUCGAGAGCAACAGCCCGUUCAGGACGACGGCGCCGAGCAGCUUCCCGAACGAACGAUCAUUCAGUUCCGAGAGCUUGAACAGUGAAACGUCGAUCGAUUCGAACGAUUCGAAAUCGAGCCUAAAAAUUCACGAGUCCAAAUUUGCCGCCAAAAACGGCACGCUCGAGCGGCAACAAUCGAACGUGAAUCGCGAAACGAAUGGUACGGAGCAGGCGCAGGUUAAACCCAGCGGCUUGCAGGUUUUGGUCCUGUGGAACAACGCGAUCACGCUCAACUCAGUGCGACACUUUUCCCAACUGCUCGAGAAGUCCAACACCAUUGAUACGCUGAACGUGGGCAGCAAUCUGCUGUGCGACAACUUCGUCGACGGCAUCAGUGGAAGUUUGAAGUCGAAUACGACGUUAACGAAUCUGGGAUUGCAGGGAGCGCACCUUUCAGAUAGGGGUGCAAAGGCGAUGGCAGAGAUAAUUGAAUUUGGCGGUAACGCAUCACUGCAGCGGAUUGAUCUGCGCAACAACAACAUCCAGAAAGCCGGCCUAGAGGCUUUGAACGAGUCCAUGAAGUCCAACAAAUCCGUAACGCGCAUAGACUUGGACGACACGCCGAGGAGCAUGAAGGAUCCAUCGCUGGAUGGGGUGGGAUCAGAAUACAGCCGGCUAGUGAACAACAUCCGGGCUCAGUGUGAACGCAACAAAAAUCCGCCUGGACCUAGCGAACCCGUCAACACAUCGGUGAGACGCGCGAGAGCGAAUUAUCUGAGCUCGCGCAAAAUUUCGCUUACCUGCCAGUCGAUCAAAACGUCCCCCAGUGCGAUCGCGGACAAGCAGCAUUUGCUCGAUCCAAAUGGUGGGUGCAAAAAGCCAGCCGGUGGCCGUUUACGUUCCCCAUUGCCCAGUCCCAUUCCCUCUCCCAGCGCGUCGCCGGUGCCGAGUCCUUCGCGCAACCGCUUCCAUGUUUCACGUGUGACGGACUCGACCGGCGGUGCGACGGGAGGAUCCGUUUCCUCACCGUCACCCUCGUCGACAGGCAGUUCGCCCACGCUGUUUUUCCCAUCGAACUCCCGGUUCCGCGUGGUGACGGUGACCGAACCGGAUUCGGUGGGUACCAAGAGUGCUAACAAUCCGCAUCGCAGCAGCAGCACCAUGAGCAUGCCGGGCAGCAGCAAAUCUUCGCUUUCAUCAGUACCAUCGACAACGAUCAGUCGCCGUCCCGUGUGCAGCUCCGCACCGACACUCUCAUCUUUUCCAUCAUCACCAUUGUCACCGUUGGCUGCGGGUGUGCCAGCCGUUACACGAUCAGGUGCUGCCCACCUUACAUCGUCCGCACUGUUGCCUCCGGCGCAUGGUAAUGCGUUUAACGCAGCCAUACUACAGACGCCAAUGAUCGCUACUUCGGGAACGGUGGCCGGUUUCGCACCUGCAAUCGUAAUGCCGACGCUAGCCACACUACCGCCAAACUCAUCGCUACCAUUAGGGAUACCACAGCCAUUUGCACAGCUACAGCAACCGAUGCAAUCAUCACAAUUCGUACCAAUGCUUCAUCAGCAGCCACAAAACUAUCACUUUGUCACAGCGUUUGGGCCAGGAAACACGCCCAUCCCUCUGCAGCCGAUGGGCUAUCAGGUUGCGAAAUCUCUCAGCAACACCGAUCAACAAUCGCCAUCGAUUCCCCAGGCUACAGCUCACCACCAGCAACCGGUUCAAUACACGACCCUCAGCUCGGUGAAGGUGCGUCAGACUUCCGCCGAGCCACAGCAUCAACACCAGCACAGCAGCAGCAGCAACAGCACCCUGCACGAUUCCGUACUGUCGUCCACCAGCAUUGAGAGUCCCGAUCUGGAAGUGAAGCGGUUCAUGUCCGGUGGGGGCCUACUGGACGACAGCUGCUGCUCGUCCAUCAGCAGCAACAGCAUUGAUUCGAUAGAUAAUUCAAAUUUCAACAUCAACGCGUCCAUCAGCUCGACUGACGAGAGUUUUGAUUUUGUCGUCACCUCUCCCCCACCGGCCAAUAGCACGAUCGGAGAAUCCGCAAGCCCGAGCAGUAAUGUGACCUCAACGGCAUCCCUAACGCGCCCAUUGGAGGAGGAAAGCACUCUUAUUCCUAAGGCAUCACAAGCGCCACCGACAAGGGAGUGCGAUUUUAAAACCGAUGCACAGAUGAGUCUUUCCUCAUCCAGCGUUGGGCAGCUCAACAUGGCCAGCUCGCAGGAAUCACUAUACGAUUUGAACGAUUUAUCUGGAUCUUCAAAUUCGUCGCUGAUGGUGGUGAAUGCGAUGCCUACAGCGAAGACCGUUACCUCAACUGUGCUCACGGCAUCUUCGAAUGCUAAUCCCAUUGCCAUUUCCACACAAAAGAUGAGUUGUCCGGCGGUGAGUACAGCAAGCAAUUCAAACGAGAGUACUCUUACGUCGAACAAUAAUUUAGAGAAGGAACCGGUGGUUAAAACGACAAACGAGAAGGCACCACGUGUUCGGAAGACCUCGUGGAUUCUUGGCGGGAACGUGGGUGCAAGUGGCAAACACGCCGACUCCAGCUCCAGCGGAGGAAGCACCCCCACCCCAAGCGGUGGUAGCGGGUAUCCGCCUGCAAUCGAAAAAUUGCUCAGCAUCUUUAACCCAAGCAGUUUAUUCUCGUCGAACAAAGGUACUUCUUCUGCUAGUCCGCCUCCAAGCGCUGCACAUGAAGCUUCCAGCGGAGGAUCUCAACCACCGUCACGUAAGGAGAGCCCUAUGGGGGGUCUAUUCUACUGGGCGCAUCAUAACACGGGUAACAGCAAUAAUACCAGCCCGACUAACGCUUCGAAUGCGAAGAAGUCGGACGAAGACCGAGCGGUACUCAAGGUAAACGUUUCGCCUGAAACGACGCUUACACCUCAGCAACUGCAACCGCUGCAAAACCAGGUCCAGGCUCAGGCUCAUGCUCAUCAUAUGAUGGCCCCAGGUCAUCAGCACGUACAGCAGCAACAGCAGCAACAACAUCAACAGAGUGCCGAACAUAUGCCUCCUGAACUGAAGGUGGAAAUGAAGGAGAACAUCUCACCAGAAAACACGAUCACCAACAAACUGUUGCUAUCCUCAAAUUCAUCUUCCGUGGCCGGUGGCACAUUAGCUAGCACGGAUGCUGCCAUCGUUUCGGUUAUAACGAGUCCAGCAGCGUUGGGAAAUGCAUCCGUUGGUAUGGCCGCUGGUGCCGCUCUCGCUGCUUCACCACACGUGAAGGUCAUUUUUCAACUCGGCGGCGACUACGACGAAUCGGAGGAUGAUAUUGAUACGCUUACGAACAAGUACGGUAACCAUCCGAGCGUUGGUGCUGCAGCUGCCACUGGUGGAAUCCACUAUUACGGUGGUAGUAAUCCAAGCGGACCCAACAGUUUGCUGGGUAGUACGACGAGCAACAGUAGCGGUAUCAGCAUUGGCAGUGGAACUAGCACCGGUGAAAGUGGUGCAGUUGCUUCACCAUCGCCUAGCGCGGGCAGUGGACAGUCAGCCGCGUCGGAUACCGUGGUAGUGUUGAGCCACCUAGGACAGUUGGCACGGGAUUCACUGAGUAUGUUCAAAAACCCAAGUCUUACAUCACAGGAUUCGUUUUCAGUGCGGUCGCUGGAUUCGCUGACUGAGAUGGCAGCAGACGGAACGGCAAAUACGGUCUUAAACCUACAGGCGAAACCAGCACCACCAUCAUCCCCGUUGGGCAAUGUUUCGAUACAGUCCGACGAAGCGGCAGCCGUGCGUUCAACGCUGCUGACACCUUCGUCGGCAGGACGAAACGUUGCGCCUUACACUCCUGUUGAAAAUUUGUCCACACUAUCGCAACCUUUGCCGCAGAUGGCGCCAUCCUUACCAACACCAUCGACUGACAGAAAAGAAACUCAAUAG